AUGUGGGUUCUUUCCUUCAUUUUCUUACUGGUGAUUUCAAAUGGGUUUGUUGAGGCUUAUACGCCUCCGAAUCUUGUUGGGGCUCGAUUUUCUCAUGGAGAACUUUUUCGCUCUUUGAAAGAAAUUCAUCAGAAAAAUUUUCGAGCCAAUAGAGAGUAUGUGAACGGAACUGCUGCUCUAUUUCCUCAAUUGGUUAAUCAUUCUGAUCCUGAGGGACCUGUGUUUAAUCAGAGAUAUUGGGUCGAUUAUUCUGCUUGGAAUGGUAGUGAUAAAGCUAUGUUAUACAUUGGUGGAGAAGCACCGGCUAUCUCAUCUCCUGAUGGUUAUCCUGGAAUGUAUGGUCACCAAAGAAAUAUGUUACUUUUUACAUUGGAAAACCGAUAUUAUGGAGGUAGUUUCCCUUUUCCUUUGACCGAAAAAGAAAAGCUUACCAAGUAUUUAAGUGUUGAUAUUGCUCUCGAUGAUUUAUAUUAUUUUCAACGUUUUGUUGAAGAUAAACUUAUUGGUAAAAAGCUACGUUGGCUUAUAGUUGGAGGAAGUUACGCUGGUGCCUUGAGUGUUUGGUUCAAAGUAAAGUAUCCAACUUCAGCUCUGGCGAUCUGGAGCAGUAGUGGUGUUGUAGAACCUCGUUUGAAUUUUUAUGCUUUUGAUGGUCAUGUUAAUUCAGAAAUUCCACGUGAAUGUGCAAAAUCUGUACAUAUAGUACAAUCACUCUUCUCAAAAAUGUGGGAAAAUUCAACUACCCGUUUGGAAUUUUUGGAUCGUUACGAUAUCCCAUACUAUUUCGAAAAGUCUGAGGUUUCCUCUAUGUUGGCAGAUGCGGUGUCAGGAGCUGUACAAUACGGUAGAAAAUGGGAAAUGUGUAAUAUGAUUGUAGAUCAAAAUAAUAUAGAUCCUUUAGGACAAUUCUUAAAAAUGAUUAUUCGUUUAUAUGGCCGAGGAUUCACUUCAAAUUGUGGAUACAGCACUCAAUGUCUCACAAAUACAUCAAUGUCUAAUCAUUGGACUGGUUGUGGUUACGCUUGGAUUUUUCAAACUUGUAAAGAACUUGCCUAUUUUCAGGUGGGAUAUCACAACAGUCUUCGACUUCCAGAUGUAAGUACAGAAUUUUUUGUAAAUCAAUGUCGUGCAGUAUUUGGUGAUACAAUAUUUCCUGACGUUUUUCAGUUUAAUUCCAAAUGGGGAGGUAAAAAACCAAAUGCUGGAAAUGUGGUUGCAUUACAAGGAUCUGAUGAUCCAUGGACAGAAGUAGGAGUUACUAAAACAUUUAAAUCAAAUUAUCAAGCUUUUGUUGCAAGAUGUGAAGGUUGUGGUCACUGUGGUGAUCUCUCCUAUCCAAACCCUGCUGAUCACUCAUCACUUCAAGAACAAAGAGAACGACUAGCGUACUAUUUGGAUAUUUGGAUGUCAGGGGAACCCACAUCGUACAUGCUCAUUCUACAUCAUAAUUUCAGUACUUUUUCUCUGCAUCAUAAGGAAGAAUUGGUAAAAGCUGUUCAGAACGAUCUUCAUGAUUUUUUUGAUCAUACUGCUGAUAUUCAGAAUUUUACUAUUGAUAAUCUCAGCCGCACGUUUACAAUUAAUUUUGUCAUAUACGUUAAUUCGUUAAAUAAAGAUGAAGUGAGUUCUACAAUAAUUAAACUAAGGAAUAUGUCUUCAUGGUUAUUGCAUACACAAAAAGUACUGGAUUCUAUUGGUGAUAAAGGACAAGUUGUCGUACAGUUUUUUGAACAGUCAUCACCUUUGAAACCCAGUGAGGAGAGUAGCUUCUCGUUUGAUCUGACUGUGGCCCUAACCAGUUUUAUUUUUAUUUUUAUCACUGUGACUAAUAUGUUAAUUUUUGUAUACAAGCUUUACAAAAAGAAAAAUAACGUACAGUAG